AUGAGAGUCCCCUGCAUUCCCUACCCUACAACCGACCUCACGGGGAUCGAGGAACAGAUCGUUCAGCGCAUUGCUACCCGGCGGGCCGAACAUGGACUACUUCCCCUUGAUCUCGUCCUCCUCCACGCACCUGAGAUAGCCAACGGAUGGGACGUUUUGUUCUCCGCCAUCCGUGACAGAUCAAGUCUACCUGACUGCAUCCGAGAGAUCGCAAUCCUCCGCACGGCGGUCCUCAAUAAGGCUUGGUACGAAUGGUCAUGGCACGCACCGCUGCUGCGGGAUACGGAAUCGUUUAGACGUAGCCCAAACAAAAUGCAUACAGUCGCCGACCCGAGUCCAACCAGACCUGGAGAGCUGGAUCAAAUCGAGUGA